AGAGGAAAAGGGAAGUCGGGCUGCCUCGGCGGGGCAGGCACAGCUCCAGCCGCUCGCUCCGGGCUCCGUUCGUGUGGACUGCCCAGAGUCCAUGAACGAGCCCCGCCGCGCAGGAACCGAGCCCAGCCCGCCAAGCAGUGUCCUGACAGCCUGGGGGUCUCUCCUGUCCCCAGCCCGUGAGCCAUGGCCUACCACAGCUUCCUGCUGGAGCCCAUCAGCUGCCACGCCUGGAACAAGGACCGCACCCAGAUCGCCCUGUGCCCCAACAACCACGAGGUUCACAUCUACCGCAAGGAUGGGGCCAAGUGGAGCAAAAUCCACGAGCUGAAGGAGCACAACGGGCAGGUGACAGGCAUCGACUGGGCCCCGGAGAGCAACCGGCUGGUGACGUGCGGCACCGACCGCAACGCCUACGUGUGGACCCUCAAGGGCAGUGUCUGGAAGCCCACCCUGGUGAUCCUGCGCAUCAACCGCGCCGCCCGCUGCGUCAAGUGGUCCCCCAAAGAGAACAAAUUCGCUGUGGGCAGCGGCUCCCGCCUCAUCUCCAUCUGCUACUUCGAGCAGGAGAACGACUGGUGGGUUUGCAAGCACAUCAAGAAGCCCAUCCGCUCGACGGUGCUCAGCCUCGACUGGCACCCCAACAACGUCCUGCUGGCCGCUGGCUCCUGUGACUUCAAGUGCAGGAUCUUCUCAGCCUACAUCAAGGAGGUGGAGGAGCGGCCCAGCCCCACGCCCUGGGGCUCCAAGAUGCCCUUUGGGGAGCUGAUGUUCGAGUCGAGCAGCAGCUGUGGGUGGGUGCACAGCAUCUGCUUCUCGGCCAGCGGCUUCCGCGUGGCCUGGGUGAGCCACGACAGCACCCUGUGCCUCGCCGACGCCGGCAAGAAGAUGGCUGUCGCCUCCCUGUGCACCGAGACCCUGCCCCUGCUGGCUGUCACCUUCAUCACCGAGAACAGCCUGGUGGCCGCGGGCCACGACUGCUGCCCGAUGCUGUUCACCUACGAGGAGAGCCAGGGGGCCCUGACCUUCGGGGGGAAGCUGGAUGUCCCCAAGCAGAGCUCCCAGCGCGGCCUCACCGCCCGCGAGCGCUUCCAGAACCUGGACAAGAAAGCGAGCUCGGACACGGCCAACGCCACCCUGGACACCCUGCACAAGAACAGCAUCAGCCAGAUCUCAGUGCUGACGGGCGGAAAGGACAAGUGCUCCCAGUUCUGCACCACGGGGAUGGACGGGGGCAUGAGCAUCUGGGAUGUCAAGAGCCUGGAGUCAGCGCUGAAGGAUCUCAAGAUCAAAUGAAGGAGCCCUCCGGGAAGAGCAUCCCAGCUUCCAGCUGCCCCUGCCCUGCCUGCUGCCCUCUGCCACCCCCCUGUGCCAUAACCCAGCCACGAGUGCCUGUCCCCGCUGCCACCAGCCCUGGUGGCUGUUUUUCAGACAAAGAAAACCAUUUUUAUUACUGUUUUUUUACCAUCCUUCCCGAUGCUGGUCAUACAUUGCUUGGAGAAAUAGCAAAUAAAGGAUUUCCUGAAUAAAUCAAAA